CGGAUCUCCAGCCGCUCCCCUGGCCGACGCUCACUACUGGCAACCCAGGGACGGCGCGCUUUUGCACAGGGUCCUGUUUGUCGGGCCCAUCAUCCAUGGAUCGGGUUGGCGCUCAAACACAACGCUCGAAAGGCUGUUUUCCCACGAUCUCGUGUGCUGAGUCAUCGGGCUGCAGCUUGGCCCCAGAUGACCUUUCGUCGAGGGAGCUGCAGGGCCAGUGCGGAACUGAACGUUGCGAUCGCGAGAUACUACCCAACAGUUUCGCUUUUGCAGAGCAGAGAAGUUCACGAUUGACUACACCCAUCAUGGACCCGCGGUUCACCGUGAUCGUCCGGCUCCCUUUCCCCCGCGGCGAUUUUGUUGAUCCACCCCCGCCUGACUGGACCGCUGCGAAAGAUCGAGUGCUAUGGGAGGUGCUCCUGCAGCCAUCAAAGCCGGUAGAUUGGAAUGCACUUGCUUCUCAACUGGACGUUACGCUCCCGUUUCUUCUUCAGCAAGCAGCAUGGCUCUAUGGCCAUCGACUGGCACAAGUUCGAGCAGAAAUACUAAGAGCUGGCCACCAGCAACCGGCUUCUCCUGCUCCAACGCCGGUAACCACUUCCGGAAGCCAUGCUACUGGCGGCCAUGCGCUGACUAGGGGUCGCAGCAGUGGAUCUCCAGUCACUUCUAGGUUGUCGAGCCAGCAACGUGAAGGUCAAGGUACCCCACGGCCAGAUACAAGUACUCCGCCGACGUCAGCCAAACCCCAAGUGUCUCACUCCCGUGCGCCUUCAUCAACUGUCCCUCCCGGUCAGAUUGCGGCUGUGCGCGCUCUCUCCUCCAAGCCAGCGAUAUCCCAUACUCCUCAAGGAAGAGAACCAAAUGACAAGACACCAAUGGACGUGAAAUACGAUCUUCACACACAGGGCUCAGCGAUAGAGCCUCCUGCAGGCGAGGAGAGUCCUGAGCCGAUGUCAUCGUCUGAAUCGGACUCUGACAGUUCAGCCGGACCCGGUAUCCCUUUCAAACGGUUCGGCAAAUUCUCUUUGCAUAGACCCCGAAAUACCGAAAUGGAUGAAGACGAGGAUGAUGAAGAGUCGCCGGCGUUUCUACCCUUUGAAAAUGUGUGCCAGCGGCCCGCUCCCACAGCGGAAAAUGACCCAGGGGCCACCCUUCGCCAGGAGCCCGACAAGAGCCACAGGACGCGAGAGUCGCUGCACAGGGAGAUUACGGCAACAGCGUCUACCAGUACUACCAGUUCAGGAAUAGGAUCUACCUCGUCCGGCUACGAUGUGCAGCGGAGGCAUCCCCGGCUUGGAGCGCUAAGUCCGCGACGGACCGCCGAACUGGCACGUCUGAGCCCACGUCAUCAGGGCAAACGCAGCGACGGCACACCCAGCAUGGGCAGUAGCUUCAGCGACCUGGAUGAUGCCAGCGUGACUCAAUCGGCCUUGGAAGAGGCGUUGCUUAGCCAUAUGCAGAAUGGAGGAGUCGCUAGUAGGAUGAGCACAUUCAGCCAAGCAUUACGGAGUAGGUAUCUAUGA